ACAUCAUCCUGGCGUGCCCUAAUUUGCAAUGGUUGCAGUGACUGGCUGGGACGCUCCUGUAUUUCUUACUCUGGGGGAGGUAGCUGAUGAGAAAACGCCCCGAGCGUUGUGUUAGCGCUCCCGAGUGCCUGCUCAGCAGUUCCAAUUUCAACAUGUCGGAACAGCCGGAGCUCAGCGGCCUCAGCGAUGAAGCAGCUUACACCGUCUGCGCCAACCCGGAUCCCAGUACCAAGGAUUUUCUGUUGCAGCAGACAAUGUUACGAAUAAAAGAUCCUAAGAAGUCACUGGAUUUUUAUACAAGAGUUCUUGGAAUGACAUUGCUCCAAAAAUGUGACUUUCCUGCUAUGAAAUUCUCACUUUAUUUCUUGGCUUAUGAAGAUAAAAAUGAUAUCCCAAAAGAUACAAAAGAAAGAACAGCUUGGACUUUCUCUAGAAAGGCUACACUUGAACUAACACAUAAUUGGGGCACUGAAAAUGAUGAGAAUCAGUCUUACCACAAUGGCAAUUCAGAUCCUCGGGGAUUUGGUCACAUUGGAAUUGCAGUCCCUGAUGUAGCUGCAGCUUGUAAGAGGUUUGAAGAGCUGGGAGUGAAAUUUGUGAAGAGACCAGAUGAUGGUAAAAUGAAAGGACUUGCAUUUAUUCAGGAUCCUGAUGGCUACUGGAUUGAAAUUUUGAAUCCUAACCACAUGGUGACCCUCAUCUAGUUUUAAAGUAACAUACUAUACAAUAGGUACAAGUCUUUUCCAGGAGGCUGAAAACAUAUAACACACUCUACUAUUUAUGAGACAUAUACUUGAUUGAGAGGAAUUAACCUCACUCACAAAUAGUUCUUUACCAAUCCUGUUAGAAUCUCAUCUUGCUUGGAUUCCCCUUUGUAUUCUUUUGUUUUCUUUUUUGUGAUGCCACUGCUUCCUGUUUCUAAUUAGGAGAGCAUAAUACCAUCUGUGUUUUGAAAAUGCACUCAUGCACAUUCACCAUU